AUGCCCGCUCAAACCUCCGGCGCCGAAGACUACCAGAACAUCUUUCACUGGGCCGAGACCCAGAAGGAUGGGACCAUCCCGUCCUUCGCGACAAGGAAGAAUGAUCCCUACGAGUACCAAUCUGGCUUUGGAAAUGACUUUGAAUCAGAAGCCAUCCCAGGCACAAUCCCACAGGGACAGAACAACCCAAGAGCGAUUCGCUUUGGGCUCUAUGCCGAGCAGAUGACCGCCUCCGCCUUUGUCGCCCCUCGACAUGCCAACAAGAAAGCAUGGCUUUACCGAGUCCGACCAGCCGUCGCACAUGAAGGAUUUACCAGCCUGCCAGACAACAAGGACAUGGAGUCAAACUUCAUCCCCCUCAACCCGCGAGUUCACCUCUCACCCACCCAAUUGGCUUGGUUGCCCUUUGAUAUCCCCAAGGAUGGAGAGGUGGAUUUUGUCUCGGGACUCAAGACCAUUGCGGGAUCAGGUGAUCCUACACUUCGUGAGGGUCUGGCAACCCAUGUUUACACCGCCAACGCGAGCAUGAAGCAGAAGGCAUUUGUCAACUCGGACGGAGACUUCCUCAUCGUUCCCCAGCAGGGAACUCUAGACAUCCAGACCGAAUUCGGUCCCCUCUACGUGCAACCCGGCGAAAUCUGCGUCAUCAUGAGAGGUCAGCGUUUCCGUGUCGAGCUUCCAGAUGGACCCUCCCGUGGUUACAUUCUGGAGGUCUGGGGCACGAACUUUGAGCUUCCGGAGUUAGGACCCCUGGGCGCAAACGGUCUUGCCAACUCGCGGGACUUCCUCCACCCCAAAGCGAAGUACGACGCCAAGAAGGAGCGCUGGGAGAUUAUCUACAAGCUUGGAGGGAAGUUCUUCAAGAGCACACAGGGCCACUCGCCGUUUGAUGUCGUUGCAUGGCACGGCAACUAUGUUCCCUACAAAUAUGACUUGACCAAGUUCGUCAAUGUCGGCUCUAUCUCAGUCGACCACAUCGACCCCUCCAUUUUCUGUGUCCUGACUGCCAAGUCAAGAGACCCCACCGCACCCCUCGCAGACUUCCUGAUCUUCUCACCCCGAUGGGACGUAGCAUCCCACACCUACCGCCCACCAUACUACCACCGAAACGUCGCCUCCGAGUUAAUGGGUCUCAUCUACGGAGAUUACGGCGGACGAUCAGACGAGUUCCAACCCGGUGGUGUGUCAUUCGAGUGCGGUAUGGUCCCCCACGGCGUCGCCUACGAAGAGUUCAAGGCGGCGACCGAGACGCAACCGCCCGAGAUGCAGAUCUCCAAGGGCUCCAUCGCCAUCAUGUUCGAAUCCAGCCGGCCCUUCACCAUCACCGACUUUGCCUGGAAUAGCCCCAAGAAGCACGAGCACGAGCCCAAGAUGUGGGACAACCUGGUCGACAACUUCUCCACCCACGCCAAGGAGAUCGACGAGAUCCUGGCCCAACACAAGACAAAUGAUCUGAAGAUUGCGAAUGGGAAACCAAAGGGGUUCGCUAGUGGAAGCGCCCAGUAA